AUGUUGGAAGCAUUAAGGUCUUCAGAGGAUGUGCUGGUAUUGAAUCCAAAGCCUCAGUUUGUUAUCAAGACCAAAUUGGCCGAGGAUACGGUGAAUCCCAAGAGAGUGAAAGGUACCAAAGUCUUUUUAAACAUAUGUUCAGAUGAUCAAGUUCCAUUACCAGAAGUUGGUUAUGAUCCACGAGUUAUAUAUCCUAUGAUUAUGGAUAAUAAAUGGGAAAUACCCAUUGUUACAUCUCAAGAAAGAGUUGAUAAGGAUAAAAAGGGUCAAUUAGCUUUUGUUUAUGAUUGUAUUGUUAAUACUAAAGCUAUAAGAUGGAUUCAAAUGGAUAAAGAGUUGAAAGAUAUAUUAGUGGAGUGGAGUUUAGAAAGUGUUGAACUUCGAUCAAAGAUCUUGUUAUCUAGAGAUGAUAUUGCAUUACCAAAAUUGACUUCAAAAGGUGAAGUACAAGAACUGGAAGUACUUAGAUCCGAUUUGGACAUUAAUAGAUUGAAUAAAGAAUUUGAAAGAGUUAGUAAUCUUCAAACAGAACCACAGUCUAUAUUAGAAGCAAGAAGAAUAAAUGAAGAUGAAAUUGAUGAAGCAAGAGAUCAAAUUGAUAUUUUCAACGUUCAGUCUAAACCAAUAGAUAAAAGUAAUGAAUCGAGUACAAAACCUUUAAUUCAAGAAAUUACAAACAUGUCAAUCCGUUCACCACCAAAACCUAAAUCACCAGUUGAAAGACCACAAUUGAAAUACUCCACAACUAUGCAUAAGAUUGAUACGAAUGGAUAUAAACUAAAAAUUGAAAUCAAAUCCCAAAAUGAUUCAUCAUUAGAUUAUGAAUUAAAUUUAGAUACUGAAACAAAUACAAUAAUACUGAAGAACCUUAAUCCAAAAUUCACAACUAAAAAAGAUCUUGAAUUACCAUUACCACUUAUUUUCACAAAUCCUGAAAUCAAAUCAUUUUUCGUGCAUGAGGAUUCUACACUAGUAUUAUUCAUAAAAUAG